AUGAGACGAACAGAAGAUGAUGAUACAAGUCUAGAAGAUAAUACGAUAGAAACAGAUGUAAAAACAGCGGUAACAACUACAAAUACAAUAACAGCAUUACCAACACGCAACGAAUCGAAGGCAUCUUUACGAGCAAAAAUGUACGCUUGCUAUAUGUGUGGUUUAUUUAAAAGGGGGAUACCGAUAAACCAGGAAUGCUAUCAAGUUUUCGACUCCCCUGAUCGUAGAUUCAGACAUAAAAAGAAGAAGUUCAGAGUAAAGUGUGUGCACCAUUGGAGGGAUUAUUAUUGGAGCGGAAGGUAUGUCUAUGCGCCGUUCUUCAGGGGGGGGCUGUUACAAGCGCUAUCUAGACGUCGGCACGAUCUACAACGAACGAGGUUGCCGCGUCAAAGCAAAAUGGCCCAGGUAUGGGACAUACGCUACUCGACGAUUCAGAAAGCUGGACAGACUGUUGAAUAA